AAUUCAAAUUGUCAAUUCUCUUUGCAUUUUCCACUAUGGCUUCAUCUUUCUCUCCUUCCUCCUCUAGUUUCUUCCAUUUGACCUUUAAAAAUCUGAUCAUAGUCUGUAUCAUUUUAAUUACAACUGCUAAUCCAGUAUUAGGGUCGUAUUAUUACAAAUCCAUCUUCAGCUUUGGAGAUUCGCUCGCUGAUACCGGGAAUACUCUCUACAACAAACCAAAUGCUGAUGUUGGCAGAUUACCCUACGGAGAGACCUACUUCCAUCGAGCCACCGGUGCCUUCUCUGAUGGACGUGUAGUUCUUGAUUUCAUUGCUCAAGCCAUAAGACUACCGCUGCUACCACCGUAUCUUGGAAACAGCAAUAAAGAUUUAAAGCAGGGGGUGAAUUUUGCUGUUGGAGGCGCUACAGCUCUGGAUGCUUCUUUCUUUGAAGAUAGAAAGAUUUGGAGCGUUACCAAUGACUCUCUUGGAGUUCAACUCGAAUGGUUCAAACAACUCUUGCCUUCCCUUUGCAAUCCGUCCUCAAAUGAUUGCCAUGAAUUUUUGGAAACAUCUUUGAUUCUCAUGGGAGAAAUUGGUGGAAACGAUUAUAAUGGUCCAUUUUUCCAAGGAAGAGGUCUAGAAGAGAUUCGCACUUUUGUACCUGAUGUAAUCAAAGCCAUUUCUUUGGUGAUCAAGGCUUUAAUAAAGGAAGGUGCUGUAACGUUCAUGGUCCCUGGGAACUUCCCAAUUGGGUGUUCAGCGUUAUAUUUAAGCCUAUUCAAGAGCCCCAAGAAAGAGGAUUACGAUGAGAAUGGUUGUAUCAAGUGGCUCAACGAAUUCUCUGUGUACCACAACAAAUUUCUUCAGAAAGAGAUGGCUGCUUUGAGAGAAGAAUACCCAAGUGUCAAAACUAUCUAUGCUGAUUACUACAAUGUCGCCAUGAAGUUUUACCGGUCUCCUGAAAAAUUAGGGUUUAAAGGUGGAGCUCUUACGGCAUGUUGUAGAUGUAAAGAUCCAUACAACUGUAACCAAUUUUUUCAAUGUGGAAGUGUUGAUGGAAUAGUUUGUGAUGAUCCAUCAACAUAUGUCAACUGGGAUGGUAUCCACCUCACUGAAGCUGCAUACAAAUUUUUAGCGGAUGGUUUGAUGCGGGAAAAUUACCAAUUUUUCUUCCCCGAAAAUGAUAUCACUACUACUACUGCAAUUGGCCGUAAUCAAGCUCUCUAAAUAAAAUUACUUUUGGUCAAGCACCGUUGACAACUUUUAGCGGAUGGUUUGUAAGUGAAAAUUCCACAAACUGAACUGGGAAAACAAAAACUGUGCUCAAGCAACAUGUUGCAUACUACGGCUUAACGGCUCCUUCCUUAUUCUCUCUUUCGAUGUACGGGCCACCAUUUUGGCUGGUCCAAUCUAGGAAGUAGAGUGCCUUAGUAUUUUAUUUAUCGUCCACUGAUUAGACACGCGUCUGUGAUCCAUUGCCUAUUCUUUAGCGAUUAUCAUUGGACAUAAAUGUGUAAUAGAAGCUUGCAUACUGUGAUGUUGGA